CCUCUGACUCCCUCUGUCCCUUCAUUCGUUGUGCAUGAAACGCGUGAAGUGCGUCGAGGUGGGAGAGGCACAAAGUUUUCAGUGGAUGUUUGAAAUUUAUUUCUUGUUUUUUUUUUUUCAUGUCAUAACGACGUUUUUAUGUCGCUUGUUAGCAGUUUCGAACUAACCGGUUUUAAGCGUUGAAUUGAAGCCAUAAAAUCCUGCCUUUGUUUUUUGGCGACACUCCUCAGGUGUUUUGUUCUUCCAGCAGAAGAAGUUUGCGGAUUACGUCCAUUCGGCGUAGAUCUUCGUUCGUGCUGUAAACUCGUCUUCAUUUGAACUAUAUUAGUUCCGCUUUCAGUUUUGUUUGUAGAUUUUUUUUUUAACACUUCAUUACCUACUCAGCAGGACAUACGGGCCAGUACAUCAGGUCCAGGAUGGAACAUGAAGCGGAGAAAUACCAGCAGCGACUGCAGGCUAUAGCGGAGAAACGGCGGAUACAGGAAGAACAGGAGCGAGCCAGGAGAGAGAUGGAGGACGAGCGACUGAGACUUCAGCAGCUAAAGAGGAAGUCCCUCAGAGACCAAUGGCUGAUGGAAGGACCUCCCGCAUCUCCUGACAGUAUAGGACCCCGAUCGCCCCUCUGGGGCCAUAAGGCUCAAGAGAUUGAGACUCACAUUAACAAAUUACAGGUGACGUCUGAGCAGUUGGCAGAGGAAGAAUUCAAACUGAAGAAACUCAUUGAAGACGGUUCCAGUCAAACUGGCACAGAUGCUCAGACACAACAUAAGGAAGAGACUGCGGUGGAGCCAGUGGGAACAGAAGUUGCUGAGACGGCCCCUAAUGGACCUAUCGUAGAGAAUGGAAAUGAGGAAAAGAAAGAUAAUUCUGUGCAUGCUGACAAUCACGACGUGGAGGAAGCAGAACCACUCACUGAUGCUAACACAACAGCUGAAGUUGUUGUGGUGUCAGUUUCUAUCAAUGGAAAUGGGGAAGGAGAAACAUCACAAGAUACUCCAGGACAGGACGAACCUGCUUCUGCUAACGGCUUCACCAGCCACCCUGCUGAAGGAACAGGUACUGGUGGAAUAACUAUGACCUUCCUUGGCUUCAAGGAGGCGGAGCCCGGGGAUGGAGUUGAUGAGGAUGAUGACUGUGGAGCAAUUAUCCGAGCAGAAAGAGUCAUCAUCACAGACGAAGGGGAGGAAAUCCCAGAGGAAGAUGAUGGCAUGGCUCAAGAACCUACUACAGAUGCUAAAAAUGAAGACACAUCUGGAAACACAGAAGCAACGGUUGCUGAAGAAGAGAGACAGGAUGAUCCGGAAGCUUCUGUUGAGCCGAAGCAGGUCGAAGUGAUUGAAGAUACUCCUGCUGAGGAAAUAGUUACGGAUGUGGCAGUGGAAGGCGAAGAGCAAACAGAGCAACAUCUCCCAGACUCCACUGAUACGCAACCACAAACUGUGACAGUAGACAGCCCUGUAGAGGAGGUUCCAGUGUAUUCCACAACAGAACCUUCUCCAACAAUCCAACCAAAAGUCGAAGCAAACGCAAUAGAAUCACAAACCCCAAAAGACGAGGAGACCGUGCCCGCCUCGCGCAUCUCGCUCAGCCAAUUUCAGGAGGUUCCACUGGAUGAGUCCAACACCAAGGCUGAAACAGAGAAGCAGCGUGCCGAACAAGAACCUCUGCUGAUCUCCAAAGCAGCGGCCCAGCUGGAUACCAGCACCCCAAAUCGAGCAGAGGACGCAAUAGCGCCAAAGCGAAAAACCUGCCAGUGUUGUUCGAUCAUGUGAACGGUGUGCUGACGUUUGACUGUGACUUUUUAUUUUUCUUUCUUUUUCAUCUUGCCUGUUACUCUGAAUACACAGUUUGUAUUUCAAGAUGAUUUUCAGCUGUUCACUAACUGCUUUGCAGCGCCGUCAAAGCACAAAGUGUUUAUUAUGAACUGAAGCAUACCUUCAAAAAAGAGCCCUAAAAAUGUAAAGACUGGCAUUGCCCUCUCCGUAUAGGAUGCCCUUAAUUCCUAUGUGUGUAAAAAGAAGCGUUGUAAAGCUCAUUGCCUUGGAGGAAAGGACUGGAAUAGGCUUCAGUGUGUAUGUUGUUGAUGUGUCACCAUUGGUUGCAUUCCCAGCCUCUGGUGUCUGAUUAUGAUCCUGUUUUUAUGUCUGGCGACUCUAGAGCGUUGGCUGCCGACCCACAGAGGCCUUGGCGGUUUUAACACUACCACAUGAAAAUAUUUCGUUUUUAUCAGUGCCGUGGGAAUCAACCCACAGCGGUAAUUAAUACUUCUCUACUUUCAAUAGUUGUUGCGUACUCUAUUAUACAGUAAACCGUUUGUGUGCCUUGAUUAUGAAUCAAAACAAAGAGACAGAAUGGUUACCUGUUAUUUUAUACAUGCUGUAACAUCUUUGGAGAUUUUUAUAGCUGAUGUGAAUUGAGUUUCAAUUUGGCUGUUUAUUGUUACAUUGUAUUCAAUUGCCUGACAAGUGUUUUUAGAGCUUAAAGGGAUAGUUCACCCAAAAAUGUCAUUUAUUACUCACGCUCAUGCUGUUCCAGACCUGUAAGCCUUUGUUAAUCUUCGGAACGCAAAUUGAGAUAUUUUUGUUUAAAUCCGAUGGCUCCGUGAGGCCUA